AUGGGCAAGAUUUCAGGUGCAGCACUUACACUCCUGCUGGUCAUCACAGUCAGUCUGUUCUUUCAGGACGAAGCAGCUUUCGGAUGUUGCAGGAAUUAUUCCAAAGGGAGGAUCUCUAUUAAUCGCAUCUGUGGCUUUUCAAUCCAGAACAUGACAGCAACAUGUGAAAUCAAUGCUAUCAUUUUCCACACCUGUAAAGGAAGACAACUGUGUGUUGAUCCUGCUGAGUCUUGGGUGAUGGACCGCAUCUACACACUAAGGUGA